GCCGAGUCGCAUCGUCGCGUGAAACCCCCGGGUCGCCACAUCCAGAGGCGUCCUUACCGCGCCGAGGGAGCGAAACCCACGCGCGGCGGGCUCGGCGAAGCGACCGAGCGACCCCUCCCGUCGACAAGCCGGAGGGUGACACAGCGAGGGGAGAGGGCAGAGAGGGGAAAUGGCGCUGCGCUCGUCGCUCGCCAGGCUCGCCAGGAGCGACCUCCUGAGCAAACCCGCGGGCGCUCCCGUGUUUUCCGCGGACCUGACGGAGGCCAAGGCGCGAUCGAGGCAGUUUUUCCGCGACGUGUGCCGCCAGGUGCCGUGGGCCAUGCGCGAGUUCUUCCUGGAGGAGGUGACCACGACAGCUAAGUUCCGGUCUCAGCUCGCAAACGAGUGGCGCAGGCACCGCACGGACGACCAUCGUGUCAUCGACGUCAUGCUCUUCAAGGCUAACCAGGAGCUGGUGACCGUGCUGGCGCACCACUUCCAGAGGCAUCACCUCAUCACCAAGUACGUCGCCCCGGAGAGCAACGCCAUCAACCGGAGGUCGAAAUCGGGUAAGCCGCAGAGCAAGUUUCUCUCCGCUUUCCUCGACGGAAAAGCCACCGAGUGAUGAGAGGAGGCGUCGCUCGGCGCGAGGAGUUCGGGGAGGACGGGGGCGCGGGACGCGACAGUCGCGCCCCGCCUUCCCUCGCCGCGCGCGGUACAUUAGCACCACAAGUUGUUUUCAUUAUAUAAUCUCUCUCACGGUACACUCUGC